UCAAAGCAUUUGUGAUCAGUUUAUGUAUCAUCUAUUUUUGGGGGUUUAAAUCAUGGUACAAAUUUGGCCUGUCGCUGCUACACGGUAAAGCCACAAAUUUGGCCCGUCGCUGCUGCUGGGUUAAUUUCCUUUAUUUUGGUCUAUCAAUAAAGUGAGGUGUUUGGCAGAGGAGGAGGUUGCUGAGACUAUCAUGACACAAAACAAAAACCAACAGGAACGUGCUAUGGAUAAUGGAGGCUGAAGGGAUUUACUGGUAAGGGAAGGACAGAAAAUCAAGUCUUGGAAAUAUGUAACAUAACAAUAACAGGAGCUUGGCCAGAGGAGCAACAAGAGGGGAAGGCGGUGUGUACAUGCAUCAAACAGUCAGCGAUGGGAGGAGGGUAUUUAUUCAGUCCCACACCCCACCUCAAAUAAUAACAGGAGCUUGGCCAGAGGAAGGCAGUAUGAGAGAAGGAUGGUGAAGUUGGCAAAAGUGUUCCUCGCGCAGUGCUGGGAAAAGAAGGGCACAAAUGUCUGAAUAAGUGAAAAGUGACUAUUUCAGUUUAGAAAAUUGCGUAACACUGAACAGGAAGAUGUGUGAAUAAGAAGAAGGGAGGAACGAGAGGAGGAGGACCUAAGAAGCGAUACAAAGCGUUACAGGUCAAAAAAAGAAAGAAGAAUACGUGCAUCAAACAGUCAGCGAUGGGUGGAGGGUAUUUCUUCAGUCACUACACCACCUGCUUACCACAAGAGAAGAGGAAUGGAUGGAGAAGUUGCAAAGAACCUUUAUUUUCUCUUAAAAUUUCAACUACGUCUUCGUCAGAGAGUAAAGAAGACCUUAUCAGAGGAAAUUAAGUACAAAUGCAUUCUGGGGUCAAGGACUGUGCCGUUACAAGGGCUGAAUUUCUCUCCACCUGAUGAUGAUGAUGAUGCUCGCUGUAGGCAAUGUUUACAUCCUUCCUCUCGUGAUGGGCGCGCGGUAAGAUGGCCUCAGCAGUGCUCUCGCCGGGGCUGCGGGUGUGCGGCUCCUCCCUCUUCCCCCUCAGCAGGAUCAGCCGCGUCUUGCAGCCUCAUAGUCAAGCUGUCUGCUGCACGAUGGGCGGCAAUGCGGGGCUGUGGGCGGGGAGGAGGGCGGAGUGGCGGACGGCAGACGCACGCCCACGGUGGUGUGCGUGCCGCUCCUUGCUGACCUCAGGGGACCAUGAGAAGGCCAGGAGCCUAGCAUCCUGGCAGGUGAAGGACCAGCCUGCCAAGAUCAAGGAGGCAGGCCAAGGACUCCUCGAGGACUUGAAGGAGACAAAGGCUAAGGUCAGAGAGAAGAUGGGGGAGAUUGUUGAGCGUGAAAACAUCUGGACUGUUCCCAACUUGCUGUGUGUGGGUCGCAUCGGCCUGUCGCCUUACCUGUGUCACCUGGUGCUGGCAGCCGACCACCACUGGGCCCUAGGACUCUUCCUGCUGGCUGGCACUACAGACCUGCUGGACGGGUGGAUUGCUCGGACCUUCCCUGGCCAGUCCUCCAACCUGGGCAGCUUCCUUGACCCUCUGGCAGACAAGACCCUGGUGGCAAUGCUCUUCCUCUCCCUCACCUAUGUCGACCUGAUACCACUGCCGCUGACGGGCCUCAUCAUCUACAGGGACGUGCUCAUCAUUGGAGGAGCGUCAUAUGUCCGCUAUAAGAGCCUUCCUCCUCCGCGCACGAUCGCCCGGUACUUCGACGCCACCCACGCCACGGCCCGCCUCGCACCCACCACCCUAAGCAAGUUUAACACGGCCGUCCAGCUCAGCCUCAUCACCGCUGCGCUGGCCGCCCCGAUCUUUGCCUUCACCGACCACACCGCCUUCAAAGCACUGUGCUGGUUGACGGCGGCCACCACCCUCAGUUCAGGCCUCAGCUACAUCUUCUCCAGGGACACCUACAAGUUCCUCAGGUCCAUGGAUGAGCUGCCUAAAUAGUGUGUGUGUGGGUGUCUGUGUGGGUGUGCAUGUAAUAUUAGUAAUAGAUAAUUGAUAAUAGUUUAUUGAGAGUUUGCAGCCAUGGAGUGAAAAUAUGGGAACUUGUGUGCACAGUAAUGAAUGAGAAUUAUAAUUUGUAAAAGAAAAAUUGCUGUGAAAGAAGAAGCAAAAAUUAUAUAUAGUUAAAACAGUAAGCCAUUCAGAGGUUGGUAGAUAUGUAUAUAUGGAAGUGUGUGUGUGUGUGUGUGUGUGUGUGUACAUAUUGUAUGCAUUGAUGGGCACUGUUUUAAUGUGUGCAUACAUUUGUACCAUAUUAGAUUUGAUAAAAUUAAUAAAAUUUUGAACAAAU